GCUGGAGGAGCGUCCGGCGCUGGUGGCGUGCUCGGUGCACCUGCACCCUCCCGAGAGCGCGGACGGCGCGGCGUACGUCCUUACCUUGAGCCUCUGAAGGGGAUCCUCGAGGAGCUGGAAGCGGCGGCGGGCGCCACGGACGCGGGCGCCCCCGCCGAGGUCGUCCUCGCGGGGGACUUCAACGUCUCCGCGGACGACUUCCAGCGCCUGACCGUCGCCGACCCGUUCUGGCAGGGCUUCACCGCGGUGGUGCCCACGGAGGAAGGGCGCGCCGCCGCCACCGCCCACGGCAGCAACCCCUGCGCGACGGGCGACUUCAUGCUGUCCCGGAGGGCGGGCGGCCCCGCGGAGCCGCAGCGGGGGCCGCGGUGGCGGUGCCGCGCGGGGGGGCCCGCCGACUUCGGCGACUUCUCCGCCUUCGCGGAGGGCGUCUUCGCGGACGCCGCGGCGCGGCUCCCGCUGCUGCGGGCCUGCGCCGACGCCGGGCGCGCCAGCGAAGGCCUCGGCAGGGCCCUGCACGCGCUGGGCGAG